AUGACAGAUAUGCAUCUUUAUGUCACCAGAAGGCCAGUAGGUAAAAACACCACAACUACAACCUUUUCUUUUUUACAGCUUGAGAGCUACAUUGUGGAAAACAUGAAAUCGGAGAUGGUGCAACUGCAGCAGAAUGCUGUGCAGAACCACACUGCCACCAUGCUUGAGAUAGGGACCAGCCUCCUCAGCCAGACAGCAGAACAGACAAGAAAACUCACGGAUGUUGAAACACAGGUGCUAAAUCAAACAUCCAGACUUGAAAUUCAGCUACUGGAAAAUUCACUGUCAACCUACAAGCUAGAAAAACAGCUGCUACAACAGACAAAUGAAAUCCUGAAAAUUCAUGAGAAAAACAGUUUACUUGAGCACAAAAUUUUAGAAAUGGAAGAAAGACAUAAAGAAGAGAUGGACACUUUGAAAGAGGAGAAAGAGAAUCUACAGAGUUUGGUCACUCGACAAAGCUACAUAAUCCAGGAACUAGAGAAGCAAUUAAACAAGGCAACAACUAAUAACAGUGUUCUGCAGAAGCAGCAGCUUGAAUUGAUGGAUACAGUUCAUACUCUAAUUACCCUCUGUUCUAAGGAAGGAGUUUUACUUAAGAAUGCGAAGAAGGAGGAAGAAAAGCCUUUCAGAGACUGUGCAGAUGUAUACCAAUCUGGUUUUAACAAAAGUGGUGUCUACACUAUUUAUAUUAACAAUGUGUCAGAUCCUAAAAAGGUCUUUUGUAAUAUGGAAAUCAAUGGAGGAGGAUGGACAGUUAUACAGCACCGAGAAGAUGGGAGUCUGGAUUUCCAGAAAGGUUGGAAAGAAUACAAAAUGGGUUUUGGUAGCCCAUCAGGUGAACAUUGGCUGGGGAAUGAAUUCAUCUUUGCAAUUACAAGUCAGAGGCAAUAUUCUCUAAGAAUUGAAUUAAUGGACUGGGAAGGAAAUAGGGCUUAUUCACAGUAUGACAGAUUUCACAUAGGAAAUGAAAAGCAAAAUUACAGGUAAGAAUCUCUUGAAAUU